AUGACAGCAGAAAAGUCCGGUCAAACUCCUACGCAUUCUCCACAGCUUGAAUGUGAAGCCACGCCUAGCACUGCCUCUCCUAUACUUCCCAAGCCAAAUACUUCUAUACCGUUAUCAACAGCUAUUGCUACUGCUGAAAUGUGCUCAGUUGAUAAUAAGGAUUCUAAUCAGAUAGUUCGCCCUGCUUAUUCUGCUGCUGCUCCUUUGCCUGCCAUCGCCGUUGAUAAAACUACUGUACCUGAUAUUUGCACUAUCAAUCGUCCAUUCGGCUCUUCUCAACCUAAUGCUGCUAUCAUCUCUUACUCGGCUUUGAACAAUUCUGCUAAUACGUAUACUUCACAUAUUGCCGCUUCUACCGACGAGUUCUCUAAAUACUUCCGUCAAAAUGUUUGCACUUCAACUACUUCAUCGAAACAGCAAGGGAUUAUCGUCGUGAAAGACUCGCCUACACCUCCGCCAUCCACCUCACCACCAUUACUGAGAAGGAAAAGCUUUCACUUUAGAGACGCCAAUAAUAAAACCGUUUUCUCAUCGACCACCAGCAAUAAUAAUAUGACGGUAUUUAAGAAUAAAAGACUGAAAAAAAUAGUUUGCCUACAUCAGUCUCGUGGCGAAAGCAACAAGCUGUUAAAAUCAGCAAUAGAUAAUACUUCCAUCCACAAAACGUAUAUAAUGAUGCCUGGAACUCCUGCAAAAUGUACACGAUCGAAGAGAAAAAUAGCAGAGCUCGACUAUGAGCUCAAUUGUUCCAAUAUUGCUACCAAUAUCUGCCAGGCAACUGGAGGUUCUGCAAAGAAGAUUGAUCCUAUUAUUGCUACAGUUAAAAAGAGUCAGAAAAUGGCUGAGAAACAUCAUCGGCAACAGCUACGGCAACAAUUAAAGAAAGAAAAAGGUAAAUCAACAGCCAGUGGUUCGAACAAGACAAAGUCUAGCAAAACUAUAAUUACUACAUCUAAAAGACGGCAGCCUAAGUUAAAGCAAAAGGCAUCCUCAACUGAACCUUGCGAUGAUGAAAAUGGUCAUCUCGUUAUCAAACCCAAUGAAUCUGUCACCCCUCGAUGGCAAGGAACAUUCGGAAGGGUUGUGGAAUGCUACGAUCGAGAAAAAAGAGAAUAUGUUGCUAUUAAAAUUGGCCGUGCUAUACCAAAAUUCAGAAAAGCUUGUCUGACAGAAAUACGCAUAUUGCAAAAGCUGAAGAAGAGCGACCCUCAUAAUUACAAGGGUUGUAUUCAUUUACAAAAUCAUUUUGAUUUCAAGAAUCAUAUUUGUAUGGUUUUUGACCUGCUUGGCGAUUCCCUCUAUGAUUACAUGAAGGGAAAUAAUUACCGCCCAUUUCCUAUGCACCAUAUACAGUCUUUCGGAAAACAAUUACUAACUAGUGUAGCCCAUCUUCACGAUCUUGCACUAAUACAUACUGACCUUAAACCAGAAAACAUCUUACUGGUCGAUCAUACAAGCAAGGAUGGUCGCUAUAUAUACGGUCAGGACCAGUACCGUUCGAAAGUUCUUUGCAGUACAAACAUUUGCCUUAUCGAUUUUGGUAGUGCUAUCUUUGACAAUGAACAUCAUGCUAGUACAGUGACGACCCGCCAUUAUCGUGCGCCCGAAAUUAUUCUGAAACACGGCUGGUCAUUCCCAUGCGAUAUAUGGUCGUUAGGCUGUAUUUUUUUUGAACUCAUGACAGGAGAAGCCUUAUUCCAAACACAUGAUGAUCUUGAACACCUAGCUAUGAUGGCCCGAGCAAUAGGUGAUAUACCCAAAAAGUUUGUUCAGAGAACUUUUGAUAAGCAGGCGAGAGAUUUCUUUUUUCUUGGCAAAUUGAACUAUCCGAACCAUGAUACUUCCCAAGAAAGUAUACAAAAUGUACAAGAUGUACGUUAUAUAGAAGACAUUAUAAACCCAGAAACAGACGGCGAUAGAUUAUUUGUAGAUUUGAUCUUUAAAAUGCUUUGUUAUGAACCAUACGAACGUAUUAGUGCAAAAGAUGCUUUGAAGCACCCCUUUUUUGACAUUAAAUAUGACGAAGGCAGUGGAAUUGAGCUAAAGAAAGGCGAUUUGUGA